AUGCGCCUCGCUCAUCUUCUACCCCUCCUCAUCGCGGCCGAGGGCCUCGCAUCGGCUAUUCCUCUCAAGCUCGAGGGUGGUGUGGUGGCGCGGACCAAUGGGCCGUACAAGGCCUGGGAGAGUGGUUGGGACGGCAAGAAGGGCGGCGGCGAGGACGACUGCGACGACGAUGACAAGGGCGACGGCAAGGACGGCGGCAAGGGCCACGGCAACAAAGGUGAUGGUCACGACGACGACCAUGGCCAUGGCCACGACGGCGGCCACGACGGCAACCAUGACGGCGGCCACGACGGUGGCCACGAUGGCGGCCAUGACGGUGGUCACGACGGCGGCCACGAUGGUGGUCACGACGGCGGCCACGAUGGUGGUCACGACGGCGGCCAUGAUGGUGGUCACGACGGCGGCCACGAUGGUGGUCACGACGGCGGCCACGAUGGUGGUCACGACGGCGGCCACGAUGGUGGUCACGACGGCGGCCACGAUGGCGGCCACGACGGUGGCCAUGACGGCGGCCACGAUGGCGGUCACGAUGGUGGCCAUGACGGCGGCCACGGCGACGGCAAGGACUGCGACAUUCCCACCGACACCCCGGGCAUAGUCACCUGGAUCCUCGACAACUCCGUGGUCCCGAACCCAGCCAUCAAGCUCCCGCCCAGCAUCAACAACGGGGGCACGCUCCCCGACCUGGUGAACAACGGCUCGAUCCCGACAGAGAACAACACCGCGCCGCUGCUGGAUGGACAGCUGCCCGCGAACCUGGCCAACACCAGCACUCCCGCCACCUCCUUCGGCGGGCUGAACGUCACCGGCGCGAACUCCUCCUUCACGCCGCCGCAGGGCACGAACGCGAACGCGAUCGUCUUCCCCGGGCGUACUCACACCCAGCGCCCGCCUGCGCGCUCGCUCUCGCACUACCACACCGCCCGGCAGCAGCUCUUCUCCCAGCCUGACCCGCCCGCCCCCAACCCGGACCCGACACUCACCUGCAACUACGCGUACGAGCACGUCCUCGGCGGCGCGGGGACGACGGCAAAGGGCGCGCUGUGGGCGAUUGAAGGCUACGUCAACCUCGUGGCCGCCGACGUGCACCAGGGCGGCAUUGGCGACUGCGGCAUGGGCGCGGCGGUCAUGGCGCUCGCGAGCGGCGGCUGGACAAAGUACCUCACCAACAUGUUCACGAAGAGCAACUUUGAUGGGCAGAACCGCGAGAUGACAGCCAACUUCAAGAAGGACGGCAAGACCGUCCCGGUCGUGAUUGACGACCAACUGCCCGUGCUGCAGAACGUCAACCCCAACUGCUGGCCAUACCCAGGCUAUCAGCCAGUCAACGACGCAGCGUACCCCGACCUCUCGGUCCCGACGCCAAUCUUCUUCAUGCCGCUCUUCGAGAAGGCGUUCGCCAAGUUCCUCGACGCGACGCCGGACUGGAAGUCGGCCAAGCCGGGCACGACGGGGUACGAGGGGCUCGAGGGCGUCAACCCCGCGUACGUGCUUGCGGCUAUUACUGGCGGCACGCCCAAGUCCGUCUGGCGCACGAAGGACGGGUUCGACGGACCGAUCCUCGCCGCGCUCAUCACGUGCAUGCGCGGCCUGGCGCCCUGCGCGAUCGGCACGACGAACGCGACCACCCUCGCGGGGCUGGGCACCAUCCCGGCCGACGGCGCGCUGUGGCUCAACCCUGCCGGCUCGGCUGCCAUGCCUGCAGGCUACACCCCCGGCCAGACCUCCGGCCUGCUGGCCUCGGAUGCCCCGACGUCCAAGAGCACGUACACGAUCGUCGACUUUGACCAGGUCAUCCACACCCCCGCCGGGGACCGCAGCACGGCAAUCACGAUGGUCGGCAACCACGCGUACGCCUUCGAGUGGACCGCGAGCACGCAUGUGCCGUUCACCACGCCCAUGGUCGACUGGGAUAUGCGCAUCCUCAACCCGUGGGGAGGCAACCCGUGCCAGUGGCCUGGUGGCUGCGGCGGCGGCGGCGCGUUCGACGAGCCCGCGCAGGUCAGCACCAGUUUCCGCACCUUUGCGCAGACUAUCGCGGGCGUGUUUACCGUCGAGAACAUGCCGGCGAUUUGA